GUCCGCAAUCGCAAGUUUUCAGCUCAGCAGGAGUCUAGUCUCCCCCCUUUGCGGAUCGUCCGCCCUCAUCAGCCUUAACCAGCAUGCAACCCUUCCCUCCGCUCGCGCUCUGCAUUCUCUACAUGACCAUCCUCGGACAUCUCUGCCAGAUCGUCGUGGGCUGCGAUUUAGCAUAUUACACCCGUGUCACGACAUGGAGGCACUUGACAAUGACUGGGAUCGGCGCUGUCAAGAGGCAUUCUGACGCCGCCAAUCGGAAGGGCAGACGUCAAACAAUGAACAUGACACGCGCUCCAACUGCGCUAUAAAGACUUGUGGGUCUGAUUGCAAGCGUCUCGCGCUCUCUCCUUCCUCGCCCAUGUCUGCCAGUACAACAUCCGACUUUGGCGGUGGUCUGCCCUUGCGAGAAGCAUUCUUACGCUCCCUUAACGCCCUCGACGCCGACGAUCGCGCCAUUGUGGGCGACUACGUGCUCAACAACGAACCUGACCUCAAGAAAGUCGACUUAGGCUCUACUGUAAGGUCCCAAGCGAGCAGCCUGGUCGACCGCCUUGCAGAGUUUAUACGCUUCGACUCCGAUGUCGACCUCGGUCCCGCCACGCGGUACCUGUACGACGAAGCCCGCGACUGGAUCGUGUGGACCGGCGGGUUCAGCAUCGCGCAGGAGGAGGUCGAAGUAAGCUACGGCACGGUCCGAAGCUGCGAGCGCUGGGCGCGAGAAGGAGAAUUCAUUAUCAAGAGCGACCGCCCAGUCCUCGCCGACUUUUGCAAAGUGCUCGAGCGCAACAUCGCAGACCUGCAACCGAUGCCCAUUCCCGGACCUGUGAACGUACUUCCCUUAUACGAGCCACGCACCAUGCACAAAGCACUGGCCGUCAUGUACUACCUGAUAGCCGCACACUUCGCCAUCUUCGGUGCCAUCGCGUACCGCGCGGGAGUCCUCAACUGGGACUGGGUGCGCAAUUGGGACCCCGUGAUCUUCAUUGUCGGGCCUAUAGGCUACUUCAUCGGAGCGCCCGUAUUAUUGUACUGCUCUGACCGGAAACUCUACGCGUACUCAGACCGCCUUCCCGCUGCGCUGAUGCAGCAAGACAUCCAAUGUAUGCGCGAGCGCGCCCGCCAGUGGGUCCUCCUCUGGAAGGCGCUGCUAGCGCUCGCGCAAGACAUGGUUGCGAGCGAUGGCCAGGACGAGAGUCGUCGGCAUCAGUUGCUGCGCAUAUUCGACCGCGUGGACAAGCGGGUGCGUGCACGGCAGUUUUCCGUUUUCCUUGCGUAG